UUUACCUGGCAGACGAGUGCAGACAAGUAAUAACAGAUACAGCGACAACAGUGAAACACUCUCUGAAAUAUUUUAUAACUGGAUCAAGUGGAGUCACAAACAUAUCAGAACUUGUGGCAGCUGUUGUGGUUGAUGGAAGUCUGGCUAUUUACUGCGACAGCAACAAAAAGAUAUUAGAACCAAAACAGGGCUGGAUGAAAAAAGUAUUUGAAGAUGAUCCUCAGCACUUUGAGUGGGCCACUCAGGAGUGUUUUCAGAGAGGGCCAAACAAAUUCAAAGUCAGGAUUCAGAAUUUGAAGCAGCGCCUCAACCAAAGUGAAGGUGUCCACAUUUUACAGGAGAUGUUUGGUUGUGAGUGGGAUGAUGAGACUGGAGAGGUUAAUGGUUUUAUGCAGUAUGGUUAUGAUCGAGAAGACUUCAUAUCUUUCGACCUGAAGACAUUGACAUGGAUCGCUCCGAAACCUCAGGCUGUCACCACCAAACUGAGAUGGGAUAAUGACAAAGCUAGAAUAAAAUACAAUGAGAAUCACCUCACUAUGAUUUUCCCGGGGUUCCUCAAGAAGUAUUUGGACUAUGGCAACAGCUCUCUUCAGAGAAAAGAGAAGCCUUCUGAUACGACCAUUCCCAUCACUGCUGCAGUGGCUGCUCUGGUUGUUGUCCUUAUGGCUGCUACUGGAUUCAUUGUUUACAAAAAGAGGAAAGCUCCUGACAACAGCUCCGAGCUCUCUGAGAAACUGAAUCCAGAAACCUGA